AUACGAGUUUAACCGGCAGUGACGUCGCGGGCCCCGACCGUCGCGAUGGCCGACUUCGAGAUUCACUUAUUAACUUCCCAACUUCACGAUUGUUGUGUGCGGCAUUUGUUUGCGCUGAAGUUUGCCACUGAUGGGGCUUUUGUUGUCGCGGUGACGACCAAGUCGCCGCGCCGGUGUCGCGAGGGGCAAGGAAAGGAGAGCCGCCCAUUCCCAAGCGCGCACAAUUUCAUCAGAUAUAUUCGGCAGAUACGAGAUGAAAUCUCCGCAGAUGCGUUUAUCGACGUCCCACGCUUAGGAGGUUAAACCGAAGGUUUGACCCGGCCGAAUUGUAGACCCCGCGCACCGUCACUACGAUCUCCGAUUCGAAAAUAUCCGCGGUCAUCCCCUGUGGCUUUAAUUAUGGGCACGCUGAACCUCAUCUGCCCUAUGUGCUGCGGCGAGACCUUCAACAAUCCCCAGUCCCUCAAGCACCACUUGCUGAACAUGACGAGCAAUCUUUAUUGCCCCGGCUGCUCGCAGCGUUCCGACUCUGUCACGGCGCUCAUUCAGCACCUGGAUAUGUGCGAGCACGAGCUGCGGUGCAGGGUGAAGCCCGCGGAGGUGCUCGCGGACAGGCGGAGGGUCGGUGGAAAGGAGCCUGAGAUCAAGAUGGAUUUACUAAUGGACAUAAAGACACAGCAGAUUAAUCGGGGCUUCCUUGCGACCAUGGGGAACAACGGGGUUGUCAUAAUGGGUGAGCCGCAGACGAUACAGAUGGAUGAGAAUGGAGAGAUUAAAGUCGUAGAAAAGAUGGACACAGAAGAAAUGCAACCAGAUCAAAAUUCUCUGGAUUUCAAGAUUUCCGAAGGGCAUCUUAUUAGCGACGCCGGAGCGCAAAGAAGACUGCAGUCAUCCCAGGGAUUAGUGGCUAUUCCCAUACAAAACAUGGACCGCAAGGCAGCCUUAAUGGAGAAGAACAUAUUUGCUGUGCUACCAGACAAUUCCGAGCUUCUGGAUGGUGAGACCGCGACCCUAAUCGACGUGGAUCGUAUAAACGAGGCUGAGGAGAUCAACGAGGUUGAUCUUAUGCGCGUCAAGCGAGAGUUAUGCGAGUUCGAUUCUGACGCCGUGUAUAGCUGCACCAGUUGCGAGAUGAGCUUCAACUCCGUCCUGGAGCACAUUAAGCAGUUCCAUGAUGGUCAGGAGGUUCUACUGGAGAUGGCGGAACAAUCGAACGACCAGGCGAUGACGUCGAGUCCGAAGGCGUCGGUGAUAUCGAGUGAAGUCCCGGAAAACGUAGUGAAUGCACGACCGCGACAAGCGUUGAAUACGCUACGCACAGAAGAAUGCGUGGAUAGUGAGGGUAGGCUCUACACCAGAAAAGUAGUGCAAAUCGAAAAAUUCUGGGACCGUACUCCAAUUCAGGUCGCGACGUCGCAAUCGACAACGAAGGCUCCGAUGAUCGAGAAGUUCUUCUCGAACGUGGAGGGCGUUAAGGUACGAGAGAAACGCCUGGGGACCGCAUCGGUGCGUAUGUACAAGUGCAAUCAAUGCCUGCAGCAGUUCUCCAAGUUGGGAAACUUUCGCGUGCACGCCUGUCUACGCGGCAGCAAUCGCUGCGAGCGUUGCGAUCAGAGUUUCGCGACACCGAGGGCUCUGCAGCUUCACGCGAAGGUGCACGAUAGCGAGGCCGAUGCGAGUCAGAAGACGUUUAUCUGCACCACGUGCGGCACCGAAUUCUGCUCCCACAAAAGUUUGCGGCUGCACUCGAGGAUGCACGCGCCAGUGAGAGCCAGACACGUCGACGCACCCGAGGGCACGCCUAACGCGACUUUCACCUGCCCCGAAUGCGGCAAAACACUGUCCGAGUCAUACAAAGACGCGCACAUGACAUUGCACACGGGCGACUCGGUGACGUGCACCGUCUGCAAUCGGAAGUUUGAUUCCGCGGACAGUCUGGCGAUGCACGCGGCAGUACACGUUGAACUGGCACCUCCGCUGUCGCCUACUCCCUCGGUCGCGUCCGUUACGGAGGCAAUAACGACGUCGACAGCAACGGUGUCAGCGGUGACGACGAUGACGACGACUGCCACGACAUUAACGACGACGGUAACGACGACGAUAAUGACGACGACGACGACAGCGACGACGACGACGGCAACAAUGACGACAACGUCGACGACGGAACCUGGCGAUCAUCAAAAGCCCUAUCAAUGCCAGCAUUGCGGCCGCAGAUUUACCAGGCCGCAUGAGAAGGUCAAGCACGAACGGAUUCAUACAGGGGAGAAACCGCAUGCCUGCGAGGUUUGCGGCAAGACCUUUCGCGUGUCGUACUGUCUGACCCUUCACAUGCGCACGCACACAGGCGUUCGACCGUACGCCUGCCAGCACUGCGGUAAACGCUUCAAGGCGUCCUCCGUCUACAAUCAUCAUCUGCUGACGCACGGCGAGGAGCGCGCCUACACAUGUCCGUACUGUCCGAAGACAUUCAAGACACGGGUGCAGCUGGCCGGCCACAAAAACAGUCACACGAAGCCGUUCCGGUGUACAGAGUGCUCGCGACCGUUCGCCUCGCUCUACGCCGUUCGCGCGCACAUCCAAACUCACAAGAAGGAUAACAACCUCAAGUUCAGCUGCUAUGUGUGUGGCGCGUCGUAUGGUCGUGCGUUUGCUCUCAAGGAUCACCUGAAGCAACACGGCCAGGACGUGCUAGCGCUGCCAGAGCCUGCGCGAGAAGAGGAAGUACAUGAGAACUUCCUUCUCGGCGAGGAGGCCGAGGAAGACGAGUUUGCUGUCCCAACGCCGCCGACAACAAAGUCAUCGUCGCUACUUCCUGUCACACGCUCCUCCGGCGGCACCGACUGAGAAGUUAACUAUUGCAAUUCGAUUCUAGUCAUAGAAUCAUAAUGCGUCCCGCAAGCUCACCGCACUUACGUCACUACAAAGCUCGCUCACUUAUGGGGAGAAUUCGCGAGUGACCUUUGAGUGACACAGUCACGAGUAUGCGGAAGCCUCUGCGGGAUCGUUCUCGCGUACAAUGUUACAGGUUCGUGAAUAUUUAUUUGAGAUGAUAGAGCGAAGUUUUCUACCAUAAUCAAUCGAUCGCGAUCGAUUGGAACUUACAUGUACGUAAGCGUUGUUGACUCGUUCGUAAAGUUUAAUUGUUUAUAUUUUUCCAUUCAUCGUUUUUCCGUUACAAGAUUCGUGAGCUUGAUCGUUAAGCCUUAAAGUAGGAGGCAUCUCGUCGCUGUACAAGUAUUGUACUACCUCAAUUGGUUCAGCCAGACAUAAAUUACGCAAUAAGGAAUUAAUUAAAAAAGAUCUUUAAAAAAAGAAAUGAAAAAGUAUUAAAUAUAUUUAUUAUAAUAUAUUCUUGUAUUACAAAAUUGUAAACUUUGAAGCACAUUUUGUAAUACAGUUUUGUAAUAAAAUAAUUUCUUAAAAAUCUCACAUUUUUGUAUUGCGUAUUUAUGUCCGACACUGGCGGUAUCGAAACUCAGGAAGUGAAAAACGAAGUUCACGAAUUGCUCAUCGACGAUAGAACCUAUCGCAAUUAGUUAAAUUUGAAUAGUGCUAAAUACGCACCUUUUAUUUAUUUGAAAUUUCUUACCAGCAAGAAAUGAAUUUGUACGUGACAUAUAUGAGUACGUAUCAUAGCAAAUGGACGUGUUUUAGUUUCAAUUACACUGUUAUUUAAUUCAUCAUAAUGGUACAGUUAUGAAUUGUGUACGUUCACACAAUUAAAAAAUUGUAUUAUUCAAAAGAGAUUCAAUUCCGUGACACGCGCGACUGAAAUUUUAUUCAAACAAAAAUUGAUGCGGAAUUAUUUUAAAUUAAAUAAUAUUGUUUAUUCUUAAUGAUUAAGGAUUUCUUAAAUGUUAAACUGGUUGUUACAUGCUGUUGUUAUUUAAAAAGUAUUUUAUGACAAAUUAAAUUUUUACCCAGAAAAA